AUGAACGCCCGCGUGCUGCUCGAUGAUGUACCCAUCUACUGCCUGUCAUUCUCCCCGGACAGUCGCAUGAUCGCAGCCGGUUCUACAGAUGGCGCAAUCUACAUACGCGACACCAAAACCAUGAAACCUCUCUCCCGUGGUGUCACAGGACGACUCUCCGGCCAUACAGGCCCAGUCACGGGAUUUUGCUUCGACCCGUCCUACGCAGACCGCGGUUACCAAUACGCUUUGUCCUGCUCUCUCGACAAGACCGUCCGGACCUGGGAUGUCAAACAUAAUGUCAAAAUUUAUUACCCGAUGAAACACUCCGCUGGCGUGCGAGGCAUGGCCAUCUCUCCCGAUGGUUCCUACCUCGCAUGUAUCCUCAUCACGAACGUGCUCUACAUCUGGACGCUCAGGCCUGUUCGAUUCCGCACUCCUAGGAUAUUUCGUCUGGCAGGUCCCGCCACCGCCGUCGCGUUCUCUCAUCAGGGCAACGUCGUCGCGACUGGGGACGCUCAUGGUUCUAUGCACAUCUUCGACCUCGACUAUCAAACCGAACGAUGUAUCCCUUCCCCAUAUAUCGAUUACUCCAAGCCCAUCUCUGUCAAGAUCGAUGUUAUAACCUUCACUUUCGAUGGCCAAAGCAUUCUGUGUGCUUCGAGUGGCCCUGAUGUUCGCAUCGUCCCGCUACAGACCAAGGACUCUAUACCUCCGUUCCAAACCUACCCCAACAAAAUGCCGGAUCUCCUUCUCAAAGGCUCUGAGCACCUCGAUCGUACCAAGUCAAUCGUCAUCGGUGAGAAUGGCUUCGCUAGGGUGUUUACCGUCGGGCCUAAUGGCGUUGCAGGGAUCUGGUAUCCGGAUACGGGAGGGGAGUGGCUGCCGUCGAUAGAGAUGGGGAGGGUGCCUGGAGUGGUGGCGAUGUCGAAGGAUGGGAGGUUUAUGGUCUCGAGUAGGGAGAUGGAUAGGUUGGUGAUAUUGUGGGAUAUUCCGCCGACGGGUACUCCGCUCACUGAGAAUGAGGGUUGGUGGUACUAA